AUGGCGAUGUUCUCAGCUUUGUACGAAUACGCUGAGGAGCUGUUGCCUGUACUCAAGAACUGGUUUCAUGAGUACGUCGAGGUUAUGGGCAGCUCUCCAUCUAAACGGAGCCGAUUCGAGCAUGCAUAUGCAGCAGCAAAUCCGCUCUACGAGGAAGUUACUUGGCCCAAGUUUCUGGAAAUGAUCAGGGAACUGAACAGAAAAUGUUUCCGCGUUCGAAAUGAGAAGGGAGAUUAUAUAUGUUUUGCACUUGAUAAAACCUGUACCGAUGGAUUCCUUUGGAAGAAAUUGGCGAAAAUAAAAUGCUUCACGGUUAACUUGGAUUCUCUUCAAGUAACCUCCAGCAAAGUGCUGAGGUUUGACGAGUUUCUCAAUGUUUACAGUGUGCACAAGGAUGCACUGCGAAAUAAUUUGCCCAAUGAAAUGUCUAGUAGUCAGUACAUAUUCCGUGAGACAGCCGACAGUGAAGGGUUGUGCUGCAUUUGCAUGGAAAACAAUAAUGAGGUUUUACUUCCAUGUCUUCACUCGUUCUGCAUGGUUUGCAUCGCUUUGGAGAUGGAGUUUCGCCCUCAGUUCAGCUGUCCGGUUUGCAAAGCUCGAAUUGAGCAUCCGAUAGAAGAAUCUUGGGAAGUGCCUGAUCCACCGAACCCUGAAGAAGUUGUUGCCUAUCUUAGCAAAAUUGUGUCUUAUAACAAGCGUUCGCUCUACGCUACCUGUGCGGAUUCUUAG